GAUUAGCAUCUUUUCCUUUCUAUUUUUCCUACAAUGAUUCAGGUUAGGUAGAGUGUUAGUAGUAAGUAGAGAGUGAUAAAUAUAUCAAGAAAGCUGUGGGGGUUGAGUGAGAUCAAGAAUGGCUAAUACUUGUGAAGUUUUCAGUACUCUUUUAGUAGUUGUAGCCUUUCUUUCUGUUUCUGCUGUUGCAACUGAUGAUCAAGCAGAAAAUGAGAUUUUACAGUCUAAGGAUGAGUUUGUGUGGACUUUGGAUCAUACUAACUACUCUGAUAUUAUAUCCCAACACAAGAUGAUUGUUGUUGAAUUCUAUGCUCCUUGGUGUGGAUACUGCCAGCAACUUGCGCCUAAGUACGAAGAAGCAGCUUCGGUGUUGAAUAGUCAUGAUCCUCCAGUUAUUCUUGCUAAAAUGGAUACAACAGUUCUAGAAAAUGCAGAACUUGCAAGAAAUUACACCCAUAAUGGUGUUCCAAGCAUCAAGAUCUUCCGGAAUGGUGGCAAGGUGGUUCAUGAUUAUAAAGGUACUCGUGAGACAGAGGGUAUAAUUGCCUAUUUGAAAAAACAUGCGGGCCCUGCAUCUCUUGUAAUCAAAUCGAAGGAAGAUGCUGCAAGCCUUAUUGAUGAGAAAAAGAUCGUUGUUGCUGGCAUAUUUCCAGAACUCUCUUUAGAGAAGAUUCAGAACUUCACAGCUUUAGCUGAAGAUUUACGAGUAGAUUACGAUUUUGUUCACACAAGUGAUGCCAAACUCCUCCCUCGUGGCGGGCCGGUUGAUAAGCCAACUAUUCGUCUAUUUAAGCCAUUUGAUGAACUCUAUGCUGAUUUCGAGGAUUUUCAAGUUGAGGCAAUGCAGAAUUUCAUUGAAGAAACUAGUGUUCCAAUCAUGGCUAUUCUUGAUGACAAACCAGAAAACCAGCAAUUUGUUAACAACUUUUUGCAUAGUCCGGGGGACAAGGUAUUUCUAUUUGUAAACUUCACCACUGAUGUUGAUGCUUUCAAGUCCAAAUACUAUGAUGUUGCAGUCAGUUACAAGGGAAAGGAAGCAAACUUCCUCUUGGGAGAUGCUGAGACUGGUAAAAGGGCCCUUCAGUAUUUUGGAUUGGACACUGAUCAGACACCUUUAAUCUUCGUACUCACCAUGGACGGCACAAAAUACGUUCAGCGACAUGUACAACCCGAUAUCCUUGCAUCUUGGUUGAAGGAUUAUAAGGAUGGAAAGUUGAAACCAUAUUUGAAGUCGCAGCCUAUUCCAGAAGUAAACAAUGAACCUGUCAAGGUUGUAGUUGCAGAGACUCUUGAGGAUAUGGUGUUCAACUCCGGGAAAGAUGUACUGCUAGAGUUCUAUCGACUUGGGUGUAAAUACUGUGAGGAGUUUGCUCCAGUCUUGGAUGAAAUAGCUCUCUCAUUUGAAAAAGACCCUGAUGUCCUAAUUGCUAAAAUUGACGGAACGGAAAAUGAUAUACCUCGUGACCGAUUUGAAGUUCAAGGAUUCCCAACUUUAUACUUGAAAUCUGCAACCGGUAGUUUGUCACGGUUUGAGGGAAAUAGAACAAAAGAGGCCAUUAUUGAAUUUAUCCAGACAAAUAGGGGUACCCCUGCCCCCUCAAACUUUGUGAAAUCUGAUUUACCCAUAUCAGAACAGGCACAAACAGAUCCAGUGAAGGAUGAGUUGUAAGGAGUGUAGAAAGUGGGGACUUCCUCAAAGUAGCCUUAGCUCUUAGCAGUUGGACAAAGUUGGUAUUUUCAACAACCGAAAAGGAAUAAAACUAAAUAAGAUGUUUGUGAUUGGCGACAACAAAGCAAUAAAGAGAAUUGUGAUCAAAGAAGCCAUUUGACUUUCUAAAUUGUACUCGGAUUCAGCUCAACGAAAUGAGCUGAAGGGAUUAUUUCCGAAGGCACCUAAAUUUGCUUUCCCUUUUUGCAGGUUUGUGGAAUUCAACAUGAUCAAAGUUCAGCCUUUUUUAGUCUACUGAUGCCAUGUUUUCUUUCACCUCAUCCAGUUAGCCCCACCUCCCCUCUUUCUAUUUUCUCUUUUUGCCUUAUUUAGCUUUCAAGUGGAGAGAUUUGUUAGACCCUUCUCCGCUUCUCCACUCUUUUCUUUUUCUUGAUAGCAAUAAGUGUGUUGUAUUUGCCUCACCCUCUGUAUCCUACGCAGUUGUCUCAAUAAAGUGGUAGUUGUCACAUAAA